UAUUCUCAUUCUUCUAUACAAGUUAUAAGCGCAUUUAACUACUGCUGCAAAGUAUGAAAAUGUUCCUGUAGCCCACAGAUCGAAUGAUCAUCUCGAAAGUUUCUACUUGGAAUUAAUUAGAUUUUUUAUUUUUCGGUAUCUAAUUAAUCUCAAAACAGUGGGUCGCAGUAAAAUUCUUAGCUUAUCAAAAUAUAACUAACAAGUCAGUACUCAUUCUUACUGCAAUGAACUCUUUAACUAGUAUUAAUUUGAUCAUUUACCUGUGUUUCAAUGUUAAAAGAUUUAAUAGUUACUCUUUAGUUCUUUUGUCUCAGCUGUUCUCAAGCUCAUGAAGUUGCUGUUUGUUUGAAGCAUCAGAUGAGAUGUCUCUCGAAGACUACUGUGAGUGCUAUAAAAUGUUAGCUUGGAAGACUGCCUUAGAAGCCGAAUCUUAUCCUGUUUUCAUUCAUCCUGUUAAACUGAAACCUUAUUUCUGUGGCAGAUGUUUAAAAGACUUCUCACCGGACGACCACAUAUUUGUCGGCUCUCUCCUUCAUUUUGAUGAGAGGAAAGUCAUUUGUCAUCGACCCUUCAUUACUAAAAGGUUUUUAACAGCCUCCAUUCACGGAAAGACGGGUCGUAGAAACCCGAAUGUCCGCAGUUCUAAAAAGAAAGGCCACAUUUGUAAGACGUGCCAUAAGAGUUUUUCAAAAGAAAUUUACCUCAUUUAUCACAGCCGUGUCCAUACCAAGGAAAAGUCAUAUUUCUGCAACGAGUGUCAUAAAAGUUUUUCGCACAAAUAUGGUUUGAGUUAUCAUAAAUGCCAUCAUAAGAAAGAUAAAACUUAUUCUUGCCAAGCGUGCGGUAAGAGAUUUCAUUAUGAGAAUAGUCUCAUUUUACAUAGUCGUUUUCAUAGUGAGAAAAAACCCUACUCUUGCAGUAAAUGUAGUAAGAAGUUUUCAUUAAAAAGUAAUCUAAGCGCUCACCAUCGUGUUCAUGCAAACUAGGACUGACGUUUAGAACUUUCCACUCGACUCGUGUGUUGCAGGGAGAUCAUUUCAGAUUUAUCAAAGUAUAAGAAUGCGCGUCUAGUCAAAAAUUCACCCUUAACAAGAGGUUAAAACGAAGCAAACGUAGGCUAUGAAAUUAUCUAUUAAAAAUAAUGAAUAUCAUAAUUUUAUUGCUUUAUAUACUUGAGAAUAAAAAUCAUAAGUAGAAAAGUUAUGAAGCGUUAUUUUAAUACUAUUUUCCUCCUUACUUGAAAGUUAUGGCGCUGUUGAAUGUUCACUCUAUCAUCAAAAGUUUGUCAUGAUCAAAAAGAAAAGAAAAAUAACUAAAAUUUUACCGUAAAUCAUAUAUGGUAAGCUAAGAGGUCUCUUAAGCAUAUAUAUGUAUAUAUAUAUAUUUAAAAAUAUAGAGAAAAAGAUGAAAAGAAUUUUUUAAAGGAAAGGAAAAAAUUAUGA